UUGAUUCCAGAAUUUUAUGAAAGUGAUUCUAGUUUUCUAGUAAACAGUUUGAAAUUGGACUUAGGAAAAAGGCAGGGUGGAAAGAUGGUUGAAGAUGUAGAGCUUCCCCCUUGGGCAUCAGGUCCUGAUGACUUUCUUCAGAAGAGCCAAGAGGCUUUAGAAAGUCAGUAUGUAUCUGAACAUCUUCAUGAAUGGAUUGACAUAAUAUUUGGCUGCAAGCAGAGAGGAAGUGAAGCAGUUGCAGCUCACAAUGUGUUUCACCCAUUAACUUAUGAAGGAGGAGUAGAUUUAAACAGUAUUAUGGACCCCAAUGAAAAAGUAGCUCUGCUGACACAAAUCUUGGAGUUUGGACAGACGCCAAAGCAGUUGUUUACAGUUCCUCAUCCCCAAAGGAUAAUACCAAAGUUGAAAAGUUUGUCUCGAACAUCUAGUCACAGUGUUUCCAUAACUGAGUCUCCAGUUUCUCCAAAUGAAGAAUCAUUUGAAGAUUUGACAGAAGAAAGUAUAACACUUGCUUGGAACAAUAUUGCCAAACUCAAAUUAGAUGAGCAAUAUAAAAUUCACAAAGAGGCAAUUACUGGAAUAGCCGUGACUUGCAAUGGGUCUUCAGUUUUCACUACAUCCCAGGAUUCAACUUUGAAGAUGUUUUCCAAAGAAUCAAAAACAAUCCAGAGAAGUGUGUCCUUUUCAAACAUGGCUUUGUCAUCUUGUCUAAUCUUACCAGGAGAUACCACUGUCAUAAGUUCUUCAUGGGACAAUCAUAUAUAUUUUUAUUCAGUUGCAUUUGGAAGACAGCAAGACAUCUUAAUGGGACAUGAUGAUGCAGUCAGUAAGAUCUGUUGGCGUGAUGGGCGUUUAUAUUCUGCAUCUUGGGACUCUGCUGUGAAGGUGUGGCACUGUGUUCCUGGAGCGACCUUGAGCAAUAAAAAACACCACUUUGAACUGCUUGCAGAGUUAGAACACGAUGUUAGUGUAAAUACAAUCGACCUUAAUGCUGCAAAUACUAUACUAGCAUCUGGAACCAAGGAGGGUACCAUUAGUGUUUGGGACGUUACUACAGCAACAGUGUUGCACCAGUUGCCAUGUCAUUCUGGGACUGUGUUUGAUGCUGCUUUUAGUCCUGACAGCAGACAUCUACUCAGUGCAGGAGAGGACUGUUGUUUUAAAGUAAUAGAUGUACAAACUGGAAUGCUUAUAUCUUCAGUAACUGCUGAUGAGCCACAGAGGUGCUUCAAAUGGGAUGGAAAUACCAUCUUAUCGGGAAGUCAAUCUGGUGAAUUACUGAUUUGGGACCUUCUUGGAGGAAAAGUUAUUGAAAGAAUCAAAGGACAUAGAGGUGCUGUAAUGUCCAUGUGGAUGAAUGAACAGUGCACCAGUGUUAUUACAGGAGGGGAAGACAAACAAAUCAUGUUCUGGAAACUGCAAUACUAAGUGCCUUUCCCUCCAGACAUGUAAAUGAACUCUUCUUUUAAACCAAACCUUUUAAUGCUACUUAACUGUGUGCAAUGAUGGCUGCUGAAGUUCAACCGGAUAGGAAGCUUUGUUUAAGUACACCUUUCUAUGUUAUGGUGACUUCACUGAGAGCUCUUAACUUAACUUACAUAGUGUAUGCAUUUGUUUUGCAUGGACUGUCAUACUGAAAAUGCUUGUCUGAAAUGGUAUCUGAGAUGAAAUUAAAGACCUAU